AUUUGGGAAAGCUCUAUAGGGCAUGAAGUGUGCUCAAGGUGUUUUUGUGUUGUUAAUUUUGCUCGAGUGCUUGCUGAGAUGGCGCAAUUUUCGAAAGACGCGGUAUGGUUCGACCGCGAUCCACUUCAGUCGCGUUGGUGGCUUUAUGUGAUUUGACGUAUUCCGUGCGCGGUGAUGACACUUGUGAGGUUAAUUUAUGAAAUGUCAAACGUUUUAGAUAUAAUUCGUGAGUGUAAUUAACUGCAAACGAAUGCAAGUGAAAUAUAUAUUGAUGCAGUGAAUCAUUAAGUGAUAUGGACUGUUAUUAUUCAAGAUUUUAUUCAAGGCGUAAGUGACAAAUGGAAAGUUUAACACGGUGAUCGAUACACUCAUGAUGCACCCAGCGGGAUACUACGCUAACCUUGCGAGCGGCGCGCUCGCGGCCGGCACCAUUGCGUCCCCGUGGAGCGCGGCGGCCGGCGCGCCCGAUACCAAUGGCUCGGGCGGCGCCGACGCCAAGCACCUCGACGUCGGAGAUGCCAGCGACGAUGAAAAGGAUAUGUCAGCGGCAGAUGCGGAGGGAGUAUGGAGUCCAGAUAUCGAGCAGAGCUUCCAAGAGGCACUGGCGAUAUACCCACCUUGUGGAAGACGGAAGAUCAUUCUAUCGGACGAGGGCAAGAUGUACGGAAGAAAUGAACUUAUAGCAAGAUAUAUAAAAUUAAGAACGGGGAAAACGCGAACAAGAAAACAAGUAUCAUCACACAUACAGGUUCUAGCUAGGCGGAAACUUCGAGAGAUACAAGCUAAGCUCAAAGUGGACGGUGGUGUGAUGAAAGAAAAGGCGAUGCAGUCUAUGAGCACACUAUCUAGCGCUCAAAUAGUGGCGGGUUUGCCACACCCGGCGUACCAUCACACGCAAUUCUGGCAACCCGGUCUACAAGCCGGUACAUCACAAGAUGUAAAACCUUUCCCCGGUGCGGGUUACAAAGGCGUCCCGGGCGUGGGCGGCGUAGUCCCGGGCGGGACGGAUGUGGCCCCCCCGCCGCCCUGGGAAGGAAGAGCAAUAGCUACGCACAAACUACGCCUAGUGGAGUUUUCAGCCUUUGUAGAACACCCUAGAGAUCCUGAUACGUAUCCCCCGAGCACGGCGUCGGCGCAGCAUCUCUUUGUACAUAUAGGUGGUACUGUCACGUAUGCGGAUCCCUUAUUAGAGUCGGUAGACGUGCAACAAAUUAACGAUAAAUUCCCGGAGAAAAAGGGCGGUUUAAAGGAGUUGUACGAGAAAGGUCCCCGUAAUGCGUUCUUCCUCGUCAAGUUCUGGGCGGAUCUCAAUACCAACAAUCUGGACGAUCCUGCCGCAUUCUAUGGCGUCACUAGUGUUUAUGAGAGCAACGAAAACAUGACGAUAACGUGCAGUACCAAAGUCUGUUCGUUUGGGAAACAAGUUGUUGAAAAAGUGGAGACUGAAUACGCCCGGUUCGAGGGCGGGAGAUUCGUAUAUCGCAUACACCGUUCGCCCAUGUGCGAAUAUAUGGUUAAUUUCAUACACAAACUGAAACAUUUACCUGAGAAAUAUAUGAUGAACAGUGUCCUGGAGAACUUUACGAUACUACAGGUGGUUUCAAACCGAGAUACUCAAGAGACAUUACUUUGCGCCGCGUUCGUCUUCGAAGUGUCGAACAGCGAACACGGCGCGCAACACCAUAUAUACAGGCUGGUCAAAGACUGAAAUUACCUUUUAUGAGUCAUAGACAACAAAAUUUAAUUUAAAACACUCGCUAAGAUAAUUUGUAGUGAACUUGUCAAUAUAAAACAACUUUAUAUUUGAAAGGAGUUUGAGGUUGUAAUUCACUAAAUUUUUUUACUUUAUCUUUUCUUUUGAUAUCUGAUUCUCACUUUUUUAUUGAAAUAUCUUGCCUGAUGCGUUAUUUUAAUAUUGCCAUUUUAUUUUUUGUUAUUUCUACUUUAAUCGACCGGUUCGAUUUUUGUCUGGCAUAUUUAUUACUUUUUAUUCAAACCUUUUGUAUCAUUAUCUGAAACGCAUUAACUAAAAGUGCAAUAGAAUGACAGUUGAAAAUCACCCUGCAAAUGUCAAAAGAUACUCAUUUAUUUUUUUGUGGUCAUUGUUUUAAUAACUAAUAUAAAAGUAUUUUUGUAAAAUGAAACGAAAAUUAUUGUCUAUUCUCAAGCGACAGCCUUCUAUUAUCUAUGGAACCUAAGUGUAAAAUGAUGUUAUUAAUGGCUAGAGAAACCUCGGAGUUGGGCUGAAUAGAAGAACUUGUCUACUAGAAGUGUUUGUGAAUAAUUGAAAUACACACAGUGCCUCUAAUAAUUAUGUUACAUUAACAUAAAAUUGAGCGUUUUUAAUUUUUUCACUAUUCUCAAGUUUAGUGAAAAUUUUAAAACAUAGUGUAGGACAUAAUAGCUGUUAAGUGAAGCUUAAGAAAGUCUAUUCACCAAGGGUGCAGUUUUAUUUGCUAUCUGUACAGUCGCUUUAUAUUUCCGAGAGGAAUUUUUAUACAGUUUGAACACCGUUUAGAGUUUUAUACACAAAGUAUCAAUUUUAAUUAAAAUCUUAGAAUUUUUAAAUCUUUCCUUUUUCUUGUCGUAUGAGUCAUAAUCUUGUUUUGAGUUAUAUCAAUAGUAUAUUUUUAUGACAAAUCUUUAAACUAUAUUUUAGUUUCAUUUACGUUAGAAAACUUGCCAUUGUAUAUAGACCAAUUUAUUUUAAUAUCUUAAAAUAUUUCUUUACUGGUCACACUCGCCGUUAAGUAAAUUCUCUUAAAAUCGAUGAAGAAUUGAUACUUUGAGUUAUGGCGGCUAUACACUCGCUCCCGGUCGUGAUGUCUCAGCAAGUGGAUAGUCGCCAUUAUAGUUCACUUAUUUUACCACAUCAGUUUGCGUAAUGUAAAUAUUAAUUGUUCAAAUGUAUUAUACGAUUAAGUAAUGUUUGAAACUGUACAGUAAUAAAUAUGUAUUUUCUUAAUCUCAUCUCGUGUGACAAUAAUCAUCGGAGAACUGCGUGAUUUUUCAUGAUUUUUAUUGGCAGCUUCAUACCUUUAAGCACAAGGUACUGCUUUGAAUGACUCAAUUUUAAUAUUGUUUAUGAUAUUUAUUAUCUGUGUGACGUUUUGUUUUCUCUAUGGUUAAUGUAUGCGUUUUGGCGCGUCUAUACUAUUUGUCUUGUCAAUUUGUGUUGACAAUUAACUAUGAACUCGCAAGCAACAAUCUGUCAAACUAAAACUGGACACACAGAUAUACAUGACAAAAUCAUAAUUCGAAUGUCAAAUGGCCGAGAAGUUUAGUGUUUUUUUUUUUCAAUCUAGAAACCGAGAUACUUUU